AAGGACAGGGCAAACCUUUGAUGAAUACUUUCUUUUUUCCAUUUGUCAAGGAAAUGAGAAUGUUAUACAACACUGGAAUGCAAGUAGAAACUCCAUCUGGACAACAGACAGUUCACGCUAUAAUAAACGCCAUGACUAUGGAUCUUCAAGCAAGAGCUUGUGUUUUUAACAUGAUGCAACAUAAUGGCUUGUGUGCUUGCCUGUACUGUGAAGAGCCAGGGGUUGUGGUGAAAAGUGGAAAGGGCCAUACCCGCAGCUUUCCAUAUCGUGAGACUAAACCUCAACUGCGGACAAGAUUAUCAAUUGAAGCAAAUGUUCAUGAAGCCGUACAAUCAAAAAAAGCUGCCUGUGGAUUUUAUGGAAGGUCCAUCAUCACACAUCUUCCAUGGAUGGAAUUUCAAGAAAAUUGUACCAUAGACUACAUGCAUGGCUUCCUUCUGGGAAUAACAAAAAAGUUUUUAAGCAUGUGGAUAGAUGGAGCCAAUUAUCAGCAGCCUUACUUCAUUGGACACAAGCUCAAAGACAUAGAUAAAAUUUUACAAAGUAUCAAAGUUCCCUAUCUGAUCCAUCGCAGUCCAAGAAAAAUUCAAAACAAUCUCAAUCACUGGAAAGCAUCUGAGUUUCGAUCUUUUCUCAUCUAUUAUGGGCUACCCUGCUUAAAAGGACACUUGCCAGAUACGUAUUUGGAGCUUUUCGCUUGUUUUGUUGAAAGAACUUUUUUGCUUCUUCAAGAGAAGAUUACAACAUAUGAUCUCGCUAGGGCAAGGAUGCUUUUGGAAAUGUUUUACAAAUGCAUGGCAACCCUGUAUGGAGAUGCUGUGUGUGGCCUAAAUGUGCAUAACAUUAGUCACAUAGUGGAUUGUGUGGAUAACUGGGGACCACUCUGGGCUUAUUCAUGUUUUGCUUUUGAAUCUUUUAAUGGAGAAAUUUCAAAAGCGAUACAUGGAAAAGGAAAUGUAAGUGGUGAAGUUUAUUGGGCAGUCCACAGCGAAAAAAUUCUACAAAAUGAAAUCAAACUGCUUCAAGAUGGAAAGCCGAAAGAUCUUCUAAAAGAAAUCAUGUCUGCGAGAAACACCGUAAAAAACAGCAAUCUUGAAAUUGGAGAACAGUGUUACAUAAUGAAACCUUUGGUUAAACUGAAUUCUGUAUCUGAUACACUUUUGCAAAAUCUUUCUGUUCUGAUAAAUAUGGAGGUUGGAGAAGUCCAGAAAACAACCAUCCUUAAGGCAUCAAAAAUUCAAAGAAACAGAUUUGUUUUUUACAGCAAGUCAUGCGGCAAAGUGAAGCGGAAUAAUUCAUUCACUGUCCACCUAAAUCAAGAUUUUCAUGGGUGCGACAUUGUUAUGGUGGAUUAUUUCAUCCAUCUUUCUGACCUUAGGAGAACUUUUGCCCACAGCAGUGGAUUUCAGAGGAUUUCUAGGAUGGUGGAGGGAAGAGCACCCCACGUUCAGCUGUUGGAAUUGAAAUGGAAAGAUCUUCUUGUUCCAGUUCCUUUGCUUGAAGAACUUGUUGUUCACAUGGAAGUCAAUGGACAGGAUAUCAUUGCUUGCUUUCCUAAUUUUGUAGAGAGGGAUUAGGAAUUUGAAUCAGUAUAUGAAUGCUGAAGGAACCAAUCUCAAGUGGAUUUUUGCAAACUGUGAAAUGUUAACUCGUACACUUUUUGGAUAACUAAGUGGCUGUUUAUGUCGUGUUUAUAUGUUUAAAGAUGACUGUUUGUAGGUUAAUAAUGAAAU